AUGUAUAGUAUCAAAUACCCAUUCAGAGGGAUUGUUGAAGACUUCAGAGGAAGGAAAGCUUGCUAUAAGCAAGACUGGAUAGGCGCAAUUUGUUCAGGCACCAGGAUUUUGGCUCCAACAGCCUAUAUCUUCUUCGCUUCUGCUCUUCCGGUUAUUGCAUUUGGAGAACAGCUUAGCAGAGAAACUGAUGGAAUCUUGAGCACAGUAGAAACUUUGACUUCUACUGCUAUAUGUGGCAUCAUACACUCAAUAUUUGGUGGACAGCCUUUGUUGAUAUUAGGAGUUGCAGAGCCCACAGUUAUAAUGUACACUUACCUUUACAAUUUCUGCAAAGGAAGGGCAGAUCUCGGAGGAGAGUUGUACUUGGCUUGGGCUGGAUGGGUCUGUGUCUGGACAGCUCUCUUGCUCUUUCUUCUUGCCAUACUUAAUGCUUGCAACAUUAUCAAUAGAUUUACGAGAAUCGCAGGGGAACUUUUUGGCAUGUUGAUUGCUGUUCUUUUCAUGCAACAGGCUGUUAAGGGAUUGGUGAGUGAAUUUAGGAUUCCUAAAGCUGAAGACCCUUAUGCAGAAAAGUAUAAUUUUCAGUGGCUGUAUACAAACGGAUUGCUGGCAAUCAUAUUCUCCUUUGGCUUACUCUUUACUGCUUUAAAGAGCAGAAGAGCCAGGUCAUGGAAGUUCGGCACAGGAUGGUUACGAAGUUUUAUUGCAGACUAUGGGGUUCCUCUCAUGGUAUUAGUAUGGUCAGCAUUGUCAUUCGGUGUACCUAACAAAGUUCCCUCUGGAGUUCCAAGGAGGCUUUUUAGUCCUCUUCCUUGGGAAUCUACAUCCUUGCACCACUGGACAGUAGUCAAGGAUAUGGGGAAAGUCCCCCCGGUAUACAUUUUUGCUGCCUUCAUUCCAGCUGUGAUGAUAGCAGGCCUUUAUUUCUUUGACCAUAGUGUUGCUUCACAAAUGGCACAACAGAAGGAAUUCAAUCUCAAGAACCCAUCUGCUUACCAUUAUGACAUCUUAUUGCUCGGAAUUAUGACCCUGCUGUGUGGAUUGACUGGACUCCCUCCCUCUAAUGGUGUACUUCCACAAUCCCCCAUGCACACCAAGAGCCUUGCUGUUCUUAAGAGACAGUUGAUCCGAAAGAAGAUGGUAAAGAGUGCCAAGGAAUGCAUAAAGCGACAAGCUAGCAACUAUGAAAUUUACGGAAGGAUGGAAAGAGUGUUUAUAGAGACGGACACAACUACAACUCCUGUAGUAGCAAAAGAGCUGAAAAACUUGAAGGAAGCAGUAAUGAAAGAUGAAGAUAGAGGAAACAAAGAUGCUAAAAUUGAUCUAGAAAAGCACAUUGAUGCUCACUUGCCUGUUCGGGUUAAUGAGCAAAGAAUGAGCAACAUAUUACAAUCACUUCUUGUGGGAGCAUCAUUAUUUGCCAUGCCAGUAAUUAAGAAGAUACCUACAUCAGUUCUCUGGGGAUAUUUUGCCUACAUGGCUAUUGACAGCCUCCCCGGAAACCAGUUCUGGGAAAGAAUUUUGCUGCUUUUUGUUGCUCCUGGUAGGCGGUACAAAGUCCUGGAAGGGGUCCAUGCUGCUUUUGUGGAGUUGGUGCCUUUCAAUAAGAUUGCAACAUUUACGCUAUUCCAGUUGGCAUAUCUUCUAAUUUGUUUUGGGGUGACAUGGAUACCCAUAGCUGGAAUUUUGUUCCCCUUGCCAUUCUUUCUGCUCAUAAUCAUUAGACAGCAUCUCCUUCCUAAACUAUUUCAUCCACAUUAUCUUCAAGAGUUGGAUGCAGCUGAGUAUGAGGAAGUAACCGGUGGUCAGAAUCAUAGUCAUGGCGCCUCACCUAAGGAAGGGGAAUCAGCUCCUUCAGGGGAUGAAACUAUAGAAGUGGAGAAGUGUCAUUCUGAGAUCCUCGACGAGUUGACAACAAGUAGAGGAGAGUUGAAACUUAGAUCCAGGAGCUUUAAUGAAGAGAGGCUACCUCAGGUUCAUCCCGAGGAUGAUGUCUCUCAGGAAGAGUGA